AUGGGCACCAAGGCGCUUCAGUACAUCUUUCAUCAUGUUGUAUUUCCACCAAAGCUACCACUUGAACCCGAGGGCGGACAGAACUCUUUGGACAGGGAGCUUCUACUAUUUGUCAAGGCUGUUCUGGAUUCCUUUGUCUCACAGAGGGCUGAAGAUGUGCAGAACAAGUGGAAGCCAGUGUUGAACAUGGUAGAUACCUGGCUCGCGGUCGACCCAGCCGGUACUCUAAAUCGGCAUCAGGAAGCACUAGCCUUCGCACUUCUGAAUCUGAAGACUCAUGGAGCUGUAGCGCUUCAUAUCAGCGCCCAGAACUGUGGAUGGUUGGCAUACUAUGACGAGCAGAAGAACAAGGCUAUCCUCGACGCAUUCGAAGCUUCCGCGACUCUGUCAGCUGUGCAGGAAGCGCCCGGUCCAAUUAUCCGCUGCUUUCCCGGCCAGAGUGUCUCUAUACCGAUUGGACUGCUCGAUAACCCCCGGUUCUGUGACUACUUGGCCCAAAGCCUUUGCAGCCUAGAUCUAGAGGUUGUACGUGAAAUGUAUCCCAAGGGUUCUGAGCAUAGGGACUCUAUGCAGGAAGAUUGGGAUACUGUUCAUCCAGGCCUGAUAACCGAGAAGCUUAUGGUAGAGCAUUUAGCAUUCGGCGAACAUAAUGUCUGGAAGUCCUUUGAGAAGCACGUGCGUGAUUAA